AUGCCGAAUCCUCUGGUUUAUGUCAUCGCGUCAAUCGUGAUCCCGACAGCGGAGCUUCUGAUUGAAAGGGCGGUACGCUCUCCACGGUUUCACCACGGCGUGCAACGAAUCCACCGCGCCGUCGAAGACUACAAGCAUGGCCGCGACCCGAACGAACCUGUGAGGCCGGGGGAGGCCACAAGAGACCAGGCACUUCCGAAGCGAGAUGGCUUCUUCAAGUAUUUCACCGAAGAGUUGCGAAACCAGCUCCGCGGGACGCCGACGGAGCAUCUACCGCCGAACAAGAACCCCAGGAACAAGAGAUGA